ACUCUGCAUAGCGAAUUAAAUAAAAAAUAUGUUUCUAAAAAGUUUGAUUUUUCUUUUAUUCAUCAGCAAUUUAUUGGCGUCAGAAUUAUGGAAAAAGCCCGGCUGCCAUAUAAGAGGUCACACGAAAAAUAUAUCAAUUCCUGAUUGUAUAAAGUUUGAGGUAACAACAAACGUUUGCCGAGGUUACUGUGAAUCAUGGUCUCUACCGAGUAUUAUUUUUGGUUUCAAACGACAUCCGGUAACUUCUUUAGGACAGUGCUGUAACAUGAUGGAAACUAAGGAUAUGCCAGUAAAAGCUUUUUGUUUAGAUGGAGAAAGAAAUUUAAUAUUUAAGUCAGCCGUUACUUGCGCCUGCUAUCACUGUCAGAAAGAGUAAAUUGCUGGAUAAUAUGUGUCUAGGUACCAAUAUUACAGGUAAUUGCAUAUGAUUGUUGCUGAAAAAUUUGACGAAAUGUAACUUGCAAUUUUAUAAAAUAAUACAUAUUUUGUGGUAACCUAAGUAAGUAGCAAAUAAACAUAUCGAAAUCGAAAAA